AUGCCUUCCACGAUUGAGAAGUCGAUAUUCAGCUCCGGCGGGAAAACCUGUAUCGGCAUUUCGGCGGAUGGAACGCGUUUCUAUGCUGUCAAUAAGAACGGACUGACCAAGGUCCUGCCACUUGAUAAGCCCGAAGAAGAACCUGACGUUGUGGAAACGUGUAAAGACCCCAGCUCCCUAGCUGUCGUAUCCAAUUCGCAAUUUGUGGUUACUUCGUUGAAGGGAGACGUUUACUUGUGCAGCGUGGCGGAAGCCCAAAACCAUCUCUUGCUGAGGUGCGCGCUACCAAUACGCGACGUUGCGCUCGUGCACAAUGGCAAGACAGCAGCAGUGGGAGGCGAUGAUCUGGAGCUGAUCUUGGUGGGGUUAGCCGAUGGCUCGGCGAAGACGAGGACUACCGUGACGCUGGAGGAUCAAGUGCGCCAUCUGUCCUAUAAUCAGCACAUGAGUAUACUGGCGGUAUCUCAGGUGAAUGGCAGUAUCCACUUCUACUCUAUGAACUCUGCUACGCCACACCAUAUUCGCAAACUCGAUGGCUACAUUGGUAGCCACUUCUACAACGACAAUUUUCAGGAUAAGCUCCUUCAGUCCAUCAAUUCCGAAGAAGCGGAAGAUAUAGAAGACGGGGCCGGGGACCACGAGUAUUGCGAUCAGAAUAGGGUUUGCACGCGUGUUGCAUGGAGUCCACAGGGCCUCCAGUUCGCAAUCCCGUGUGAAGAUCGGUCCGUUAAGAUUUUUAGCUUGAAGGACUACUCCCUCUCGCAUUCACUGAGCUCUCCCAGUAUCAAGAGUCAAUUCGCUGAUCUGAGCUUUAGCCCGCAGACUGGCGCCUUUAUCGCAGCAGUCGAUCUGCGGAACCGCGUCACCAUAUGGGAUGCCAGCACCGGCGAGAUACAUUUUACUAAGGAGCUACCGCAGAGAAUUACAAAUAUAUGCUGGCAGCUCCAGCCUGACAACCUUUUGGACCUUCACCUCGGUACAUGGACAGGUGACAUAGUGGUAAUUCGUGGUGUCGCAGAAAACCGAACGGCCCAACCUGUUCCUCCCGAGAAAGCGGAACAGCCCCAGAAACAGAAUGGCCUUUUCGUGAGCUCCGAUGACGAGGGUGAGGAAGCCGUGAUAAAUGGCUCUCCGGCCCCACUUGGUGAAGGCUUAGGCAGAACGAUAGGACAAGAUGACGAUCCGUUAGGGUCAGAAGGUCUUUUCACCGAUGAAGAAGAUGAGAGUUCUAAGAGAAAGACAUUUGGAGAUGAGGAUGAUUUUAUAGACGACGACGAUGGUGCUGGGUAUGUCAAUAAAAGACCAAGGUACACACCGCCAAGCAUUCCGCGAAAUGCGGUCCGCGCCAUAGGAAGAAGGCCUCGAAAGUUCCGAUACCGGCCAUUUUCACAGGGUGCUACGCCAUUUGGGUCUUCUGACAGACGAUACUUAACUAUGAAUAACAUAGGAUAUGCCUGCACUGUUAGAAGUGGAGAUGGUGGAAGCUCUCUUCGCAGCACUGUAACGAUAUCAUUUUUCGAUUUAGGUCGCUUUAAAGAGUACCACUUUGAGGACUUGUUCAAUUACGACGUAUGUGCCUUGACAGAGGAAGGUGCUUUAUUUGCGCAGUCAAAGCUGGGCCAAUUACAUUACAGAGCGCACAACAACUAUCAGUCCUCGUGGACAAAGAAGAUUCCUUUGCAAAGAUCAGAAAAGAUUACAGCUGCUGCCGCCACUCCAAAAAGAAUUAUUGUGGGUACAUCUUUUGGGUACAUUAGAACAUUUAACCAAUUUGGGAUCCCCUUGGGAGUCGAGAAGAUGGCACCGGUUGCCGCAAUAGCUGCCCACGAGUUCAAGGUUUUUGCGGUCCACUACUCUUUACAUCACGGCAUCACAUAUACAUUGUUUGAGCAAGACCCCAAAACGCAGGACAGGUAUUUCCAGCGAGAAAGCUCACUCCCUAUCACACUUCCGUCUAACCUUGAGGCUGAGGAAGAGUUCAACGAAACGUUUUCUGAAUUCAACCCACUUGGGAUCAAGUCCCUCUUCUUUUCGGCUUAUGGCGAUCCGUGCAUUUUUGGGUUUGAUGAUGUACUGCUGGUGCUGUCCAAAUGGCGGUCGGCUGCUCAAAGUCGGUGGGUGCCCCUCCUAGAUGCCCAGCUCGAGCUUUGGAAAAUGUCUAAUGGUAAGGAUGUUAACGACGUGCAUGUGUGGCCAUUAGGACUAACCCACAAUAUCCUCAAUCACAUAUUGGUGAAGGGCUAUAACAUAUGGCCUGAGUUCCCUAUGCCUUUGCCAUCUGAGAUGGAGGUGAGAGUCCCCUUGCUUGUCAAAGACCAGGUGGAAGUUAGCAGUGAGGGGAAAGAAUCUGGCGAAGUGGUAGUGCCGGCCUCCAUGGCAGCCGAGGAAGAGUUUCUGCGCUCUAAAAUAUUGGGCGAACUUCUCAGCGACACUCUCGAGCAUGAGGGUGAGGUUUAUGGAAAUGAAAAUCAAAUUCUGAUGGCUCUGGCGGGUGCAUACGAUAAGUCGUUGCUGCGCCUGUUUGCUGCCGCCUGUUCUGAGCAAGAGGUCAGCAAAGCAGAAUCUCUAGCCCUAGAGCUAAAACAAGACAAAGCAUUGAAUGCGGCGGCCAAGGUUGCUGAGAGGGCAGAGCUGAUGACCCUUGUUAAGAAGGUGAACGACAUCAGAGAAGCUCGCUUUGAACAGCAGCUUGGAAAUACGUAG